CUUAAAAAAAUCCAAUUCCCAACCCAAUUCCCAAUCCAUCUCCCAAUUUCCCAAGUCGGCAGCAGCCAUCAAGUCCCAAGUCUGCUCUGUCGUUCUCGGUCCUCACCGGCAAUCACCAUCUCCCAUUCUCCGGGUUCUGGCGUUCUCAAACCGACACCAAGAUCGGAAAUCACAUCUCCGUUCCGACGUCACCAAUCGACAAUCACCCCUAGAGGCAGUGGUCGAGAUUUCUUUUGCUCACAGACUCUUUUUGGUUUUACCGGCCGGCCCAAAUUCCGUUAACACCAAGUCACAGAAUCUGGUUAUUUGGAGAACUCUACUGUCUUCUACACCCUAGAAAGCUGAAACAUCCAUGAACUCAUCACCUCUCCCAUACCCAGGCUGCGAAGAUUAUUACAAUCCAAAAAUCCACAUCAUUACUCAAAAAAUGCGAUGCAGAUUCUGGGCAAUUGACAAUAUAUUAAGAGUUUCUAAAGUGCUACAUAGACGUCGGUCUAGCAUCAACCAACAAAGAGGGGAAUAUGGAAUACUCAUGUUGGAUGGGAGACAUUCUCCUCUAUAUAGAUUUUUCCAGCAAUAUACACAUUCAGCUAGAGGAUAUAACUCAUUUACGGCUUAUAACAUUAGAAAUGGUCUAUACAACAAUCUCCUUAAAAAAUUUCAGGCCAUUUCAGCAAAUAAAGCUGUUGCAUGUAAACGCCAGACUUCUCGCCCCAUAAGUAGAAUUGCUCAAGCAGUUAUUUUGUCCCUGACCCGCUCACAUGUCAUUCUUCCUGGAGUUUUUGCCGUAUUAUGUGGAAGAAGUGUUGCAUUGGCACGGGCGCCUCCUGACACAGAUUUCAUCCGCCCCAGAAAUACACUGUAUAUGCAUGCUCAAGACGGCCAUGCUAUCUUCAAGCAGCUGGUCCAUUCAAUAUUUGAAGGUUUAGUUUUAUUGUUAAGAGGGAUUUAUUUGACAAUACUCUUUACCCCGAGCAUAACAAUGGCUCCAUUUGCUGAUGCUUUUGGACCUCGCUUCCGUAAACUAUGGCUUGAAGUUAUUCAUCGGACCCUCGAAAGAGCCGGGCCAGCUUUUAUAAAGUGGGGCCAGUGGGCAGCUACACGCCCAGAUCUGUUCUCUAGUGAUUUAUGUACUCAACUGUCAAAGCUUCAUACCAAGGCCCCAGAGCAUUCAUUUGCUUAUACAAAGAAAGUGAUUGAGAAAGCUUUUGGUCGUAAAAUUUCAGAAAUUUUUGUCGAUUUUGAGGAAACACCUGUAGCAUCUGGGAGUAUAGCUCAGGUGCAUCGAGCUACUUUGAAGUAUCGGUAUCAUGGUAGGGAGAUCAAGCCCAUUGAUGUGGCUGUUAAAGUUCGACAUCCCGGAGUUGGUGAAUCUAUUAAAAGAGACUUUGAAAUUAUUAAUAUGUUUGCUAGAAUGUCGAAGUACAUUCCUACUUUAAAAUGGUUGAGAUUGGAUGAAAGUGUCCAGCAAUUUGCAGUUUUUAUGAUGUCCCAAGUAGAUCUUGCAAGGGAAGCUUCCCAUCUGAGUCGUUUCAUUUAUAAUUUCCGGAGAUGGAAGGACGUGUCUUUUCCUAAGCCUGUUUACCCACUUGUGCACCCUGCAGUGUUAGUAGAAACCUUUGAGCAAGGGGAAUGCGUCUCUCGUUAUGUUGAUGGGAUGGAGGGGAAUGAACGACUUAAGAGUGCUCUUGCUCACAUUGGGACACAUGCACUUCUCAAAAUGCUUCUGGUAGACAACUUUAUGCAUGCUGAUAUGCAUCCUGGGAAUAUUCUAGUAAGGGUACCUCAGAGCAAGUCAUCUCGAAGGCGUAUCUCAAAAAUGAAGCCUCAUGUCAUUUUCCUUGAUGUAGGCAUGACUGCUGAACUCUCAAAAAAUGACAGAGGAAAUUUACUUGAAUUUUUUAAGGCUGUCGCUUCCCGAGAUGGUCGUGCAGCAGCUGAAGCUGCAUUGAGAUUAUCAAAGAAGCAGAACUGCCCCAACCCAGGGGCUUUCAUUAAGGAGGUCAAAGAGUCUUUUGAUUUUUGGGGGACACCAGAAGGUGAUGUAGUCCACCCUGCUGACUGCAUGCAUCAUCUACUUGAGCAAGUUAGGCGUCACCAAGUAAACAUUGAUGGAAAUGUGUGCGCUGUGAUGGUGACGACUUUAGUCUUGGAGGGUUGGCAAAGGAAACUCGAUCCUGAUUAUGACAUAAUGCAAACGCUGCAGGCUUUGCUGCUCAAAGCUGACUGGGCAAAGUCAUUAGCGUACACAAUAGAGGGAAUUAUGGCUCCAUAAUCUCCCCUUCCAAUUUCAUCUGGGAAAACUUUGUCUUGCAAUUAACACUGCAUUUUGGUUCACACAAAACUGUGCCAAGGUUGAAUUUUGUUAGGGAAAAGUUUACUUUGUAUGUAGCAUUUUGGUUUUCAAAAGCUUGUCAGCCUGGCUGUUGGAUAAUCCCUGGGGGAAUCUUUUUCUUUUUUACUAAACCAUAGUCGAAUCUGCAGUGUCUUCAAUAUGUAUAAUAAGUUAGUUCUUGACAG